GAGUCAGCUGAGCUCCCAAGGCGGGCGGGCGGGCGUCGCUUCACAUCAUCCAAGCAUUCAUUUCUUCAAUGGCAUCUUUCGUUUAUCUGUCCCCGAGUGUCAUCUUGACAGGCCACUACCUGACGCUGGGCAUCGCCCCGGGCGCCUCUAAGGACGACAUCCGCAAAGCGUAUUUGAGGGCCAGCCUGCGGGUCAGUAAACAGCAGAUGCCCCUUCUCAUCCACAAGAUCCACGAGAGAGAUCCACCCUGGUUUGCCUUGCUGCUUCUUGGUGCAUACAGACUCAUCCGGACAAGCCGGGAGGCACGAAGGAGGCCUUUCAGAGGGUGCAGGAGGCCUUCGCCAUCCUCUCUGAUGACGCGCAACGACAGGCGUAUGACCGAGAAGGUAAGGCACACGCGACGAGAGAGAGAGCUGCACUUGUUACCAAUGGCUUGGAAGGCCGUGAAUGUGUGUGUGUCACGGUCGAUCAGUCGGUGCGGGUGGCAGUGUGCAUGAGCCCCGUCCCUCGUCGGCCUCUGGCCAGAAGCGCCGACGUGAGAGCGACGAGUCCACGAGCCCUGGCUGGUCAUGCGACGAGAGUGACGAAGACGGCCCCGACGACAACACCAUUCGGUUCGGCACCAAGCACUACGGGCGCUCCUUCGACUGGGUGGAGAGGUACGGGUGUGCGGCCGUAUGACACACUGCCGCGUAUUUCUGGGGAUGGAUGGAUGGAUGGCUGGGGUGCGCUUGUCCGUCCAUCAGGCACGAUCCGGGUUUCAUCAAGUACGUGUUGGGCAAGGGCCGCGUCCACAACGUGAAUGAGCUCAUGUGGCCGUCGCGGGGCCGCAAAUACAACAAGGCAAGCCAGUGAAGUAGAUAGAGGGACGGACGAUGGAUGCGAUGCAUGUGUGUGUGUUCGUGUGUGUCCCCUCGCGAAGUGUCAAACAAUUAUGUGAAUGUUGGUUGGUUCAGUUCUACGACUACUGCAAGGCCAAGUACGGCAACGGGAGCUCCCUCAACUGGUCGCGGUGCUGGUACUACGACCCCUGCGACCCUUACGAGGUACCUACAAACCAGAGAGACAGACUGAUGGCUUUCGGUUGCCAGACGACCUGUGCGUCCUUGGUCUUCAUUCAGGUAUUGAGAACGGGUAGAAUGAGAGGCGCCUGACUGAAUGGGCCUGCCUGCCUGCCUGCCUUCCUGCCUGACUCAUCGAUGUAGGUGACCAAGCCGCCCACUGACUAAGUAACUCACCGGCUCACUCACUCAUUGGCUCGCGUGACGUGACGAUGACAGGCAGACAGG